UACACUAUAUAAGGGUAUAUUUUCCCCAUCCUCAGCACGAGCCAGCCAGAGCUAGCAGCCUAGUAAUAUACUGAGAACAGAGAGAUUAAGGAAAUCAUAGAGUCUAAAGAUGAGAGUUUUUGCUGUUCUGGGAAUUUUCGCUAUUGUGUCAAGUUGCCUUGGUCAAAAAUCAGAAAAAGCUGAAGCCAAAAUAAAGCCUCCGAUCAGUAUUUUUAGAAGACAAUGUUGUCCGCGUCGUAAUGGUAUGUACCUUGAUCUGAAUAAUGGUCAAGUCUUCGGAGGAGUGGAGGGCGUGUCUCAACCAACAUUUACACCUCCGUCAUCCAAUGUGGAAUGUGGAGUCAUGGCGGACCUCAGAGCUAACUUCGCAAAUCUGACAAACUGCCUUCAGGAUUGGCAUCGAGAUGGUUGUUUUGAUUUCCCAAUGUGUGGACGACGCAUGCUCAGAAUUGACAUGUAUCUCGGGAAAGACCGCAAGGGUUAUAUGUUUAACAUUGGAGACAGUCCAAGCAAUGAUGGAUGGGGUGGUGAUUCAAGUGACACUAAACACGAUGCCGAGCUGAUGGGACUUUAUCCCAACACCUUGGGAUACAAAUCAGAUUAUUGUGAGACAGAGAAAACACAAUGGAGCGACACUCUUUUAGCACCAGAUGUUAAAAAAGUCACCAUCUUUGUUGUCAACAAUUACGUCAGGAUCAUGAACGACCAGGGAUUUGAUGUGAAGACAUGCCACAAAUGCCUCUUUGCUCUCAAUGGACAGGACCCUGACGAUAGAGCUAACACACUUUAUUUGGCCUUCAACAACGUGAUUAAAGGAACGAGUCGACGUGGAUACGGAGUGUGUCGUGUUGGCAUCCGCUGGGAAUGUCCCGAUUGUGAGAAAUUCAGCCCAAUUCCGUUGUCCAUUACCAAAACAGAAGAAUGAUCUUUAUUUUAUAUAGUAAUAAACUAUGAGCAUGAAUUAAA